AUGGUGCCGAUGACAGCGGAGUCGAUCCUCCACCUGGAGCAGUGCCAGCUUCGUCCACCAGACCACCGCAGAUGGUGGGGACUUGCGGCGGCGGCCCUGCUCCGCCUGCUGUUUGCCGUUGGCGCUCUCCAUCUUUUGUUGUUCAGCGUGCCGCAGCCGGAGCCCGUCGCGCUCACCCUCCUCGCAGGCGCACAGGAGAAGGUAGCAUUGUGCUUGGAUGGAACCCCGCCGGGGUACCACCUCCAGAGAGGCUCCGGUGAUGGCUCCAACAACUAG